UCCGCCCACACUUUGCUAUGAGAAGAGCAGGUUGGUAGAGAAGCGCAGUCCCUCAGUUCUCGGUGCGCUCUCGAGUGAAACCAUGUUGCGCGCGUGUCUGGCACUGCUGCUUGCGCUCUCCUUACCUGGAUAUCUGGAUGCGAUUCACGGAUUAUACGCCUUCGAUCAGCCCGAGCUCUUUCAGAAAAAGAGCCACUGCAAACCCAUACCUGCAAACCUGCUCCUGUGCCAUGACAUCGAGUACACGGACAUGCGUCUGCCCAACCUCCUCGGACACGAAACCAUGAACGAGGUCCUGCAGCAGGCAUCCUCCUGGACCCCUCUGGUGCAAAAACAGUGUCACCCGGACACCAAGAAGUUUCUGUGCUCUCUGUUCGCUCCGGUGUGUCUGGAUGAUCUGGACGAGCCGAUUCAUCCGUGCAGGUCUCUGUGUGAGAGCGUGAAGAGCGGCUGCGCUCCGGUGAUGGCCGCUUUCGGGUUCCCUUGGCCGGACAUGCUGGACUGCAAUCGCUUCCCUCUGGAUAAUGACCUGUGCAUACCACCUGCGGGCGCAGAGGCUUUAGUGCCAGUCACCAAGGAAGUUCCAACGGUGUGUGAUGCCUGCAAAGAAAAGCCUGAGAAUGACAAUGAAAUUGUGGACAGCUUGUGCAAAAAUGACUUUGCUUUAAAGAUCAAAGUCAAGGAGAUCUCCUACAUGAAUGGCGACACCAAGAUCAUUCCAGAAACCAAGAGCAGAACUAUCUACAAGCUGAACGGAGGCGUUACCGAGCGUGACCUCAGGAAGACGGCGCUCUGGCUGAAAGAUGGUCUUCAGUGUGUGUGUGAUGAAAUGAACGACAUCAAUGCUGCUUAUCUGGUGAUGGGACAGAAGAUGGAUGGAAAUCUGGUCAUCACGUCGCUGAAGCGCUGGCAGAAGGGUCAGCGGGCGUUUAAGAGAAUUUCUCGCAGUAUUCGCAAACUUCAGUGCUAGGAACAUCCACUAAUCAGAGCACACAAAUGGUCUUGAAUAUGAGACCUGUAACCACAGAUAAAUGCAUUUAAAACCCUAACGUGUGCUUUCCCAGGCCAGUCAGAGUUCAGGAUUGAGGGUGAUGGGAAAAAAGCACCUAGCAUAGAUUCACCUUUUCGUUUUCCCUCAUUAGUUUUGCCAGUUUACUUCACCUGUCAUAUUUACUAUUCACAAAACUCAUUCACUCAUCCCUCUCUUCAAACUCUUUAAUUAUAGAGCCCCAAAACUGUCCUGACAGAUCUUCUAUAUCUUCUAGCAUAAAGUCUGUCAAUUGUCACUAUUAUUUCUUUAUUGUAAUUAGAUUAAAUGAAUGAGUUGUUACAUUAUAUGGCCAGAAGUGUGUGGACAACCCUUCAAAUGAACGAGUUCUGCUAUUCCAGUGUUUCCAGUGAACUAGAAAUUUCCGUCAUCAUUUACUCACUCUCAAGUCAUUCCAAACCAAUGAGACUUUCAUUCAUCUUUCGAAACACAAAUGAAGAUAUUUUUAUGAAACCUGAGAGAUUUUGUCCCUGCCUUCAGCUUAAAAAAGUUCUUUAAACAUACAAACAUUGAUCAGUGCACAUGCAUAGAGCACAAAAAAUAUGGUAAAUGGAAGCUCAAUCAUUUUUGCAUGAUACACAACAACCAGUUAGGUUUGUUUUUGUGUUCGUCACACAAGCAUGUUUGAGCUUCUGCAAGAACCAAUGAGAUUUAUUCUUGCAGGACAAGCAAGUGCAGCUGAGCUUCCGUGUUUACCAUAUUAUCCCUAUAUGCUUGUGCAUCAAUCAAUGUUUCUAUGUCAAUAAAAGCCUAAAUUAAAUCUGUUCACCGUAUAAAGUAAUUUUGGAUCUUUAGAAGAAUUGGAUUACUUUGACAAUGUCUUCAUGAACUUUAUGAUGCAUCGAAGAUUUGUUUGAACGCACUUAAAAAUAUCUUAAUUUGUGCUUUGAAGAUGAGGAAUAUAGACUUAUAGGUUUGAAGAUGAAAUACAUGUCAGUUGACAAAUAUUUUUCCUCUAUCAAAUAUCAUUAAGAAACAUGUUUUUUAGCAAUGCAUGGUGUGCGUGGACUUGAAUCUGCCGCAGUAAAUAAGUGAGAGUUGUGCGUGAAGUUUUGCUUUUAUCAGCACAAAGAGAUAGCUGGCUCUAUUCUCAACGUUUAGAAAUAUCCCAUGUAACACUAGCCUGUAUGUUAAUGUGAAUGUUUUCAUUUCUCCCCAGACAAUUAUGAGUAGACCAACAAAUUCAUGGUUUCUUUAGCCCAGGGUUUUUGUCUUCUUUCUACUUGAGCCUAAUUACUGCACUGUAUCUGUAUUGUAUCUUUUAAAUUACAAUCAGCAGUUUUAUAUAGUAUUGGUUUAUUUCCUUUCUGUGUCAGCUAUUUUAAUAAUGUUGGGUCUGUGUCUUGUUAUGCUCACAGAGUUGUUUGCUGUUUUCUUCUGUUUUGUCUUAAUCACCAGUAUUAGAGUAAGGUCACAUGCUGCACCGUUACAGCAAUGUUGAUUCAAUUGUAUUUUAUUGUGCAGUUAGUCGAUGGAAAACAUCUCAAGAUAAUAACCAAACUUUUGUGGCACUCUGUAAAUAUUCAGAUUUUUAUGCUUGUACAUAGUUUGUCAUUUCAUUAGUGUUAAGUGCAUUCAUUUACACCCACCGCCAUGUAAUGUAAUUUGUAUCAUUUUUCUUCAACAGUCACACAAUACAAAAUAAGAGCAAAUAAAUUUAGAAAGAAAA